UUUGCAUAGAGCAGUAUAUAAACCAUGGGGUUUUCGGUGAAAACAUCAGAUUUCAGUUGGGAAUCAUAGAAACUUGCAAAUAUGAGGUUCGUCGCAGUUGGCGCGUUUCUUUUCGUGGUCUGUGCCCUCGGCCAAGCUGCGAUCAUCGAGUCCCAGACCUUGGCACCACCCAACAGCCCCGAUAUUUUCGCCAACACCAAGAAACUAAUCGAAGAACUGGCAGCGAACCUCUGCCAAUCGGCACAGCAAGCUGCAGACGCUAUGAAAGGCUUCGCAUCCGGCUUGAAGGACCAAGUAGGAAUUAUGAAAGAGAGGCUGCAAGUGGACAUCCAGAAGCUGAAGGACAGAGUAUCGGAAGCUAUCUCGAAUGUCGCGGAUAGGAUCUCUAACGCCGGUGGGGCGAUCAAAGACUGUGUCGAGUCUCAUAAGAAACGAGCCGAUCAACUCCUCAACGACGCUGUAUACAGAACCAUGACCUGCGCCGACGAAAAAGUCCAAGAAAUCAGCGAUCUGAUCGCAAGACAGGUCGAAAUAUCCCAGGGGGGGCUCGAAUUUGCCAACAUAGCCACGGAGGGAAUAAAGAAUUGCACAGACAACGAUAACAACAUAUUUAUAAAAGGAGCGUGCCUUGCUAUGCUUGCCUUGAAGACUGAAAUGAAGGGAGCCGUUUUCAUGACGCAAAGCGGAAUCAACGUCGCACGAGUCGACAUAGCCAUAGCCAAGUUGCCCGUCGCCCUAGAACUGUGCGCCGGCCAACGCCUCCUCGAAGCCGGCAUGGGCACAGCCAAGGUCAUCCUGGACCUGCAGAAGUGCAAGGUCACCAACACGAUCACCGCCCUAACAGAGUCCAACAUCGCCCUAACAGAGUCCAACACCGCCCUAACAGGGUCCAACACCGCCCUAAUAGGGUCCAACACCGCCCUCACAGGGUCCAACACCGCCCUAACAGGGUCCAACACCGACCUCACAGGGUCCAACACCGCCCUCACAGGGUCCACCCCCACCCUCCCUGAUGCUCCUAGUGCAAAUAAUGCAGAAGCAAAAGAAAUCGUUCCUUCAAAAAGCUACUUGGCACGUCUGACUCGAAAUCAAAUCGAAGCAAUUUAUGCGAUACAAUCAAAAGAACUCGCCAAUAUCGAUGUUAACAGGUUGUUGAAAAUUAGUGACUUAUGGGAUAAAAUUAAAAACAGUAUUACUAACGCAUGGAACGCCGUAAAAUAUAUAGCUGAUAAAACUAGAGAGAAAAUCAUCGUGUGGCUUCAAAAUAUAAAGAAACAAGCGGAAGAAGCGGUCAAAGAUUUUGAGGCGAAGUUAGAAGUCCUAAAAGACAGAUUUAACCAAUUUAUACAGGUAUUGAAGAAAAAAGCAGGAGAAAUUAAACAAUGUAUCCAAGACGACAAGGACGUGAUCCAAGAAUUACUUAAGCAAAUAGCACAAAGUGUGAGAUCGUGUAUUGCUGACAGUGUUACUAAUGCAUCAGUUUUAGAUAGCCAUCAGUCAAAACUGGUGCUUGAUGACACUGAAUUUAUUAAAGAGGCUGAAGAUAAAAUGAAUAAAUGCGUACAGAAAGUUGACAAUGCUGAUGAAUGCCUGAAUAAAGCUAGAGGAGAGAUUUAUGAUAUCAUGGAACAAAAAGAAACUGAAAUUAUGAAUACUUCGUUUCAUUUUCAGAGAUCAGUUAGCAGAGACAUAGUAGAAGACGCUUUGGAUACAAUCCUGAAUUGUGCAGCAGGCGGGAUCAUUGAAUCCUCAGAGACGAUUACAGAAGAAAUAAUAAACAUCGUCAACUGCGUUAAGAGUGAAAAAGAAAAACCUUUUGUUUAAACAAUUUAAAUACCUAAAAUUGUUGACGGUGAAGUUCACUUAGAAUUUUAUAAUUAUUUUAAUCUUCUCGUAUAAUUGGAAGUAUCAGAAAAUGUGUAGGUAAGCGUUGUUUAACAUUAAAUACUAUCGGUAUUGCA